GGUGGGAUCCCCGCUCCCGCCAGGCCGCGGCUGGGGAGGCGCUCCGGGAGGGGACGAGCUGCCGUCGCUGCCUUCGCUCAUGAACUGAAGGGCUGCCCCGGAGCGCGGGGAGCAGCGCAGGGCUCAGAUUGCAGCGCAGCAGUAUCUGCCGCCUUUUGUCUCACCGCUUGAAUCAGUGCCCCUCUUCUGGGCCUCUGGUUUCCUGAAAGAGCUUUAAACAUGACCCAUUCAAAGCUAGUUAUUGAGCUGUCCCACCCGUUGGCCUUUUUAACACUAGAAACAUAUUUUGGAACUGCAUGAAAAGAAACAGCUCUGAAAUAAGAGGUGGUUUGUGUAUGUGUUGUAUUUGGCACAGGUUUGCAUGGCAAGAGGUAGGACUAUCUUGACUGCCGCACGUGCCUUUCACAUUCGUAUAGGAGGUAUUUACAUGUUUUCCAGUGAGAAGACCUUUUGUUUUGCUGUAAAGCACUUUUGUCUGGAGUGUUGUGAGUUUCCAGCUAUUAAGAAUGUGGGAAGUGGAGAAACUACAAUUAAUUUCAAUACUCUAAUAUUAUUCAAAAUUAUUUUUGGCACUGGGAAGCUGAAUAUUCUUCUCUUUCUGGAGUCAUCCUAUGUAAGAAUUGUCUAAAGCUUUGUAAAACUGUUGCCCAAUAGACUGGAACAUGGAUCCACAGCUAGACCCCAUGAAGGAUGACUUGCCCUUAAUGGCAAACACCAGCUACAUGCUUGUAAAGCACUAUGUGUUGGACUUGGAUGUGGAUUUUAAAAGUAAAGUUAUUGAAGGCAGCAUAGUUUUAUUCUUUGAGACUGGGAGCCAGCACAGGAAAACCAGCAGUACCGGCAGUGAAUGCUGCCAGUCAGAGUUUGAUCAGUCCCAUAAAAUGAGGGCAUCUGAACACUGCCACAUUCCUGUGACAAAUGUGAGUGCCUGUUCAUCUGAAAUGGAAUAUAAUGGUUUUGCUGUCAGUGGUGAAGGUGAAGAAGAUACUUCUGAUGAAAGUGGUAACCAUAGCAACAGUGAACAGGCUUCUGGGAUUUCCAGUUCAGAGGACUGCUGUGACAGAGAGAAUCAUGGGAAUGAGGAUUUUGUGCUGGUAUUGGACUGCUGUGAUUUAUCUGUACUAAAGGUUGAAGAGGUAGAUGUUGCUGCUGUGUCAGGCAUUGAACAAUUUACAAGGCCUGCCAAGCUAACUGAUGUUUCAAAGGAGCUGGGAAAUCUCAGGAAUCACAUUGUCCAUGAACUCGUGGCUCUACCUGCAAAGCGCUGGGAGGAACAGCUGUGCUGUUUUACUCACUGCAGCCAGGCACCUGGCUGUGGAGAACUUCCCUUUGCUACUGGCCCUUGGAGCUUGGAGAUCAGGAAACCAGGAAUUGGGACUCCAGCAGACUUCCCUCACGCUAUAAGAAUAUGGUACAAAACCAACCCGGGCGGAAGAUCCGUGGCAUGGACCACAGACCAGAGUGGCAGGCCAUGUGUUUAUACGAUGGGAUCACCAAUAAACAACAGAGCCCUUUUCCCAUGCCAAGAGCCACCCGUUGCCUUAUCAACAUGGCAAGCCUCUGUCCGAGCAGCUGGAGGCUUUGUGGUGUUAAUGAGUGGGGAAAACUCAGCAGAACCAGUCCAGCUUCCAGAAGAUAUCUUGAGCUGGUACUACUAUGUGUCUAUGCCAAUGCCAGCAUCCACCUUCACCAUUGCUGUAGGGUGCUGGCAGGAAGUUAAGCAGCAGUCCUUCACAGCUGCUCUUCCAACAAAAACUGAGUUUUCAUUGCCAUCUGUACAAGCUGAUUUCAGCUGGCAUGAAGCAAUGUGUGGCCAUGUGGGAUAUCCCUGCCGUUUCCAGAACCCUGCAGUGAGCUGGCAGGCAGUCAUUCCUCACAGAGUCUUCUCUCCCUGCUGCCUUGUGCAGCUCUGCGAGGAACGUUUGCUCCCGCUCAUCCCUCAGUGCCUCUCUGCUGCUUUCUCCACGCUGGGUACCCACCCCUUCUCCAGGCUUGAUGUUUUGAUAGUUCCUUCCAACUUCUCCAGCCUGGGAAUGGCCAGCCCACACAUCAUCUUCCUGUCUCAGAGUGUCCUGCCAGGAGGGAACCAUCUCUGUGGAACUCGUCUGUGCCAUGAGAUCGCUCAUGCUUGGUUUGGGCUGGCCAUUGGUGCUCGGGACUGGACUGAAGAGUGGAUCAGUGAAGGCUUUGCCACUUUUUUAGAAGAUGUAUUUUGGGUUAGGGCACAACAGCAGCUCUCCCAUGAAGAGGUAAAAGGGCAGCAGCAGCUGAAAGCUUUGCUUCGCUGGCGCCGCCUCAGGGACGAGGUGCAGAACUCUGAGGAAGAGCUGCAAGUUUUGAGGCCCAACAAGGAGAGCACAGGAGAAUUGAGUGAGUCUGGAGCAUCUGUUGUCAAAUACGGUCUUAAAGCAGAAAAAAUCUUCAUGCAGGUUCACUAUUUGAAGGGUUAUUUCCUUUUGAGGUCUCUGGCAAGGACAGCAGGAGAGGCCUCAUUCCUUCUGUCUUUGCGAAAAUUUGUCCAUAAGUUCCACGGGCAGCUCGUCCUUUCUCAGGAUUUCCUUUGCAUGCUGUUGGAAGACAUCCCUAAACAAAAAAAAUCCGGGUUAACUGUUGAAAGUAUCUUCCGGAACUGGCUUGACACUUCUGGAAUACCAAAGCCCCUGCUGGAGGAGGUCGAGACGUGGAAGGAGUGUCAGCUCGUCCGGCAAGUGCGCGGCGAGGUCACAAAAUGGAUUCAGACAAACCAGAGGGUCAGAAAAAGCAGCAAAAAGAAAAGAAAGCAGGAUGAAGUAAUUUUCCAGAAGCUUCUCCCUGACCAGCUGGUCUUACUUCUGGAGUCUCUAUUGGAGGAGAAGACAUUGUGUCCUAGAACACUGCAGCGCUUGGAGAGAACGUACCAGCUCCGGGAGCAGGAUGCUGAGGUUCGUCAUCGGUGGUGUGAGCUUGUCAUCAAACACAAGUAUAUGCCUGGGUAUGGAGAUGUGGAGAGAUUUCUCAGAGAAGAUCAGGCUAUGGGGGUGUAUCUCUAUGGUGAAUUAAUGGUGAAUGAAGAUGCAAAACAACAAGAACUUGCACGUAAAUGCUUUGCCUCAGCUCAGGAACAUAUGGAUGCGUCCUCAGCCAAAGUGGUGACAGAGAUGUUGUUCUGAAGAGGAAAGAUCACAGAGAAACCCUUUUAAUAGAUCUGCUUCUAAACCCCGAUAGUACUGGGAUUUCACUGACCCGGAACAUCAAAGGAAGGAUUGUGUGACUGCUAAAACAAUCAUUUGACAGAAAUAUUUACCUUUCUGUAUUUCCAGAGGCUCACUGUAACUGAGACCACAUGCACACAAAACAAACUACACACACGCUUGUUACUCUGGCUUUAGGUGAUCCUUUGAUUCAAGACAUUUGGGGUUUGUCCUUAGUCUUUGAUAAUACAACCACUCCAGUUUGCAGAUACCAAGGGCUCUUGAUUUGAACAAUUUAUGCACUGCAGUAAUUUGGAGAUUCUGAAAUUUGAUUAAACUGUAUUGUAUACUUAAAAAUUUUGUUUGUAACUUCUUUGUCAUAUUAAAAAAUGCCUCACAUAAAAUUAGCAGGAGCUGGGAUGGGACUUGGGAGAUUAAUUAGAAGCAUAAAUAAUCUGUGGAAAGUGACCUACCAUCAUCCUGGUGAAGGGAUGGGACUGAAGGAAAAACAAAGAUCAGCAUUUUCUCUCUGUGAUGUUUAGGUUAAAUUUUACCAGAAAUGUCAGCCCUGUUUUCUGAAAGUGUCUUUUAUACCCCUGUACUGCUCCUUUUGCACAGUGAUAUGUCAAUUGUAGCUCUUCUUUCCUGAUCAGUGGAGCACUAUACUUCUAGAAGACAUUUUAAUUGGUCCUUUCCGAGAGUAAGAAUUUAAAACACAAAAAUCUGUGAACAUAUUUCCUUUGUACUCUAUUGUUUUACAUAAAAUGAUCUUGUAAAAAUAAAUAUUUUUUUUCAA